AUGCCGGAGAGUCUUUUGGUUCCCUCGGUAUUAUCUGGCCUCGAGGCUGGGAGUAUCUCGGAUACUGUCCCCAGGUUUCCUCACACGCGUGCCCAACUGUCGUCUAUCGCCCGUCAACACAAGCCAUUGGAAGGAUACGAUAGUGAUGCGGAGGGCGACGAUACCACUCGUGUCAGCAGCUCUCUUGUCAACAAAGUCGUUGCUCUGCUCGAUGGUGAGCAUGAAGAUGAGCUCAAGGCGCUGCUGAAGGAUGCCUUUGGCGUUGAUAAUGAUAUGGUGGAACAGCAUGUUUUGGAUUUGAUGCAUAAACAUCGCGACGACGUUGCUGGAGUCCCAUUUCUCUUCUUAACACCCACUCGGCGUCCAUCGCGACCUUCAUCUCGCGCGUCGUCUCACUCUGUUAGAGUCGGUGGAAACCGACCGGACACGCCAAAUUCGGUCCCUAGCUCUCCUCUCGCGAUAGCCUUUAGAAGGCCUCACACCCCUGCAACUUCUCCUCUGGCGGGUGGUGCUGGUGUAGCCUCUUCAUAUAUGUCUGCCCGUAGCGAAUCCCCUAUGAACUCUCCUACCUUUGCGCACGCUCAGGCAACUCAAGCUUACAAUCAGUUUACGUCGAGUUUACCCUCAUCACCGUUAUCGUCACCUCGUUUGCUUAAUGCUAAAGCUUCCGAGUUCAAACCAAUACCCAGACCUCUCUCUGCAGCAUCCUCAAACCCAAGCUCAUUUCCUGGUUAUAGAACCGAAACCCCUUCUCCAGAUUUGUGGGCACAUAAUUCCUUGAGGGCAACCUCAAACCUGGCUAUAGCAGCUCCCCUGAUGCCUGACCAGGGCCUUAUGCCUCGAGCACUCACACCGAGUUCUCUUCGCUCCUCCUUACGUCCCAACGAUAAGGAUGACGACGACGAUCCCUUCGAUCCUUUUGCCACUCAGCCGACCAAUCGAUCCUUCCAUCCCAUAACAAUAACCGAUUUCGAUUCACAGUGGUCUGCUACUCCGUCAUCUGAUGCCUCUAUUGGAAGUCCAUAUAUGAAUGAUGAUCAAGGACAACACCAAGAUGCAUAUGAUCCUGGAAAUGCUGCUCUGGAAACAGACUAUGAGGCCGCUGCAUUGUUGACCGAUGGCAUGACGCCUUUUGAUGUCCUAAGUUCCGUCUUCGGUUCAACUCUCGCCCCUUCAGAGCUCGAAGAAGCUCUGGCGAAUAAUGGCUAUGACUUUGAACGUGCUAUGGCGUGGCUUGUGGAUCGUGCACUACCUACCUUACCUCAGCACCCCGGACCUCAAAUCAGAGUGCAGCCAAUGGGCGGUCGCGUCACCUUAGUCUCCAGAGAGGGGACAGGAGGAGCUGUACGUACUGGUAGAGCUGGGUAUACCCUUCCAACUGCUUUUCCGGCACGACCCAUGCCAAGGCCAGUUCAAGGCCGCCCAGUACAAGGAGGUAACCGAGUUUGUCGAUACUUCGUGGCGGGAGAAUGUUUACGGGCGGACUGUCGAUUCAGCCACGAUCUUGAAAGGGCUCUGUGUCGCUUUUGGUUGCGUGGUACCUGUGCAAAGCAAGAUAAUUGCGAGUUUUUGCAUCAUUUACCCAAAGAUGUCGACGUUUCGACCAUUACAAAUGCAUUCUCUCGUACAAAUAUAGGUACGAACAAUACGUCGAACCCCUCGCCUAGUCCACCACCGGAUGAAUACCCUGCCCUCGCCACCAGUAACGCUAUAGCAGGCCGAGGCAAGAGGGGAGGACAUGGAUACGGUCGCGACGAAGUGGUUCACCACGACCCCGGGAGAACUAGAUUCGCUGCUGCUGUCAAACGUGCUCCGCAGGUCCCCGUUCCGUCAGACUCUACACUGGCUGCGCGCCGCGAAGUUAUGGGUAGUUCAGCCGAUAACCUGCACCACCGAUCUGCUAUCGUUGCACCAAGGCCAUCGCCUCGCUUGAAGUUGCGCAUUCCUUCGCUAUUGCCCACCUUACUUACGGGUGAAUCGAUAAGUAGUCUAUACAUGGCAUAUCGUUCACGGGCACUGCAGCUGGGCGCUGCUCGCAAUGCUUGCCUUUCACGCGCUGCAGACGCAUGGAGGCGCGGUGAUGGUGCAGCUGCUAAAAGGUUUAGCAGAGAGGGGCAUGAUCUGAACACCAAAAUGGGCACCGAGAUGACAGAUGCCGCAGGUAAACUGGUUCGGGAACGUGCAAACCUUUCUGAGCAGGCCGUAAAAUCAAGGGAGCUGAGUUGGUCUGAUGACAUAGGUGACAGAACAGCCCGGGGUCGGGUUUCAGGAGGUGGUUUGGGUGUUUGUCUAGGGAUUGCUCGAAAAGAUAUUGGGGGCGAGGGUAAGCUGACCUCCGAUGAGAGGACAGAAACCAUGUUGGAUCUACACGGAUUACAUUCCAAUGAAGCCACAGAGAUCCUUGAGGAAUUCCUGCUUUCGUUGGAGCAGGAACAUUUCUUGGGACUGGCCUAUGUGGUUGUCGGUGAAGAAAAACAUACCGGGACUCAAGACGUUGCUCGUGGUGCAUCGCGCGCUCGCCUAGCUACUGGAGUUCGAGAAUGGUUACACCGGUGGGGUUAUCCCUGGAGCGAGCGUGAUGGUGUAAUAUGCGUGGAUGCACUUACACAUGCUUAAAAGCAAAUUUGAUGCUAAGCUAGACAACGGAUUUUGAUUUAUAGCUUUCUUUGGUCCUAUAUUGCUUGUAUUUGUGGGAUGUUAUGAUUAGGUAGAUAACGCAAAAUUUGUACUGGUGUAACGUUGUUCCUGUACAUGCGAAAUGAAAUUAAAAGUGACAUA